AUUACGUCGUCGGCCUGAUACAUGAUUCUGUCAGUUUUCUCCCACGUAGUCUUCACGUGUGUAAUGUCUGAAAAAUUAACCGUCAAGAGGCUUUGAAUAUAAUGUUAAUUUUGUAAUAAAAGAAUGUACAAGAGCGCUGACAGCACGCAUUAAGGCAAAAUGGAUAUAGAAACUGAGAAAGUUAUCGAUCUUAUCUUUCCCGACGGGUUGCCAGAACCAUGGAAGGAAAAUCCUGACUUUUAUCAGUAUUUGUCAAAGUUGGGAGGCUUUGAUGUGGAACAAUUGAUUAAGGAACCCGAGCAUUUGACUGAUGACAAAAAUUCUGUACUGCUGCAAACUCAGGAAUUAGCCUUUUCUAACUAUAAGACAUUCAUCCGAACUGCUGAAAGUUCACGAGAAAUAUUCAGACAGUUCAAUGAGACUGAAAAUCACUUGGAUAAUCUCAUUCAAAAGUUACCAGACUUUGCAAAAAGUUGCCAGUCUUUUUGUGAUGCUUCGAAAGAUAUCAACACACAUCGUCGAUUGAAUGGUCUUACUUUAACCCGCAAUGCAGAACUUCUUGAGAUACUUGAAAUGCCUCAGUUAAUGGAGUCAUGUUUAAGAAGUAACCAGUAUAACGAAGCUCUAGAGUUAUCUCAAUAUGCUAGGCAACUGGGCGCAAAACAUGGAGACAUUCCCAUUAUAGCUUCCAUUGUAGCAGAGAUAGAAAAUAGUUGGUCAGGAAUGGUGAGCCAAGUUGUUGGUUCUCUAAGAGGAGAUCUUCCGCUUCCAAGGUGUCUGCAGCUCGUUGGGCUGUUAAGAUCGAUGGAUGCAUUCACAGAACCUGAAUUACGAAUCAAAUUCCUGCAGGCUAGAGAUAGCUGGCUGCAAGGUUUAUUGAAUGGGAUUCCCAAAGAAGAUCCUAAUCAACAUCUAACAAAGACAAUCGAAUUAUCAAGGAUACAUUUAUUCAACAUAAUCACUCAAUAUCGGGCAAUUUUCAAUGAUGAUGAUCACUUAACAUCAUCUCGGGAUAUUAUCAUUAAUGAAUCUGCGAUAUUUCAUCAUUGGCUAGAAGAAAAAAUAUUUCAAUUUUUGACUACCCUUGAGCAAGAUUUGCCCGGAGUGACUUCUAUAGACUCAGUUCUUGGGCAGUGCACGUAUUUUGGGUUAUCGUUCAGUAGAGUAGGUGCAGAUUUCACAGCAAGAAUGUCUGACAUCUUCAUCAGUGCUAUCGGUAACCGAUACGAAACGGCUGUGCGUAGAACAACAAGAAAGUUUGAAAAAGACAUGGAAACAUUUACACUGAUCAAUAAAUUACAAAGGGUCGAUGUUAAAGCAGAAACAUCAGGGCGCUCUGAAAAUCCUCCAGAACAAUUGGUUGAAUUUUUCCCCUUAGCUGAAUAUUGUAAUGGACUAAUAUCAGCUUUCAAUGAAUUGAGAUUGUGCGCUCCAGUUGCUCUAGCUGACAAGUCUACACAUCUUUUGCAAGAUUCUCUGCAAAGUGUAGCGAAAGCAAUGCUCAUAUUUUACAAACAAGAACAACAGGCAUUCACGGCUGCUGAACGAGACAACAUGAUCACAUUUGCAGAAUCAUUGAAUGAACAUUUAAUUCCUUACGUACAGUAUUGUAUACAUGCAAUCUUUCCACCAAAUCAAUGUGCCUCCAGCCUAGGCAUCACUGUGAACCAGUUACAAAAAGAGAGUAUUACCUAUUUGGAUCACAAAAGUAUCACUCAACCACUAGCCCCGUUAUUGCCAGUCAGACUAAUUUCAAAAGACCCGAUUUUACCUCAACCGACUGUCACAGGGCCUCUUCUUGAUACGUCACAGAAAGAACUAAUUUCCAGCAAUGACCUUAAUGUACUGGAACCUGGCGAAAACGCAUCCAAAGAAACCAUGAACACAAACACAAUAAAUGAGAUGGAGAAAGAUCUCGCACCGAAUGUUGAAGUACCAAAAAUACAAAGCGAUACAGGUUUAGAAUAUAAAGAAGCAGUGAUGACUGAAAAUAAUGACGCAACUGAUUGAAAUUAAAUCUGCUGGACUGCAUAUAUAAUUGUACACGUUACUUGGGAAGAUGUAUGUGUGAAUCAUCAUCCGGUACUGCAACGAGGAAUGAUAUGCUUGGCCAGUAACGAUUUAAAGUGUCUUAAAAUAUUUCAUUUAUAUGGGCGGGGGAGAUACAAAUAAAGAAUGUGGUACACAAAAGGUCAUUUGCAAAGUACUGAAAAAAAUUAUUGAAAUUAUUACAGUAGGUGAAUACAGAUGAUAUAACUAUGUUAUUACGUAAUAUUUCAUGCAUCACUGCAGUUACCAUUUCUACCUAUAAUCCGAAUUGAAAAAUGGUAAUGAUUUUUGACACUUGCAGUAUAUACAAUAUUUUGGUUACAAAAUUUGCAAGUGUUGGUACCUAGUAAUUUGGUAAUGUGACGCAAUUAAUACCUGGUAAUUGAAUAAUCGGAUUAUUAUUUAUUAUAAUAUUGUCCGAACAUGUGGCGUGAUAAUUACACUUAAAUAAAUAUAUUUAUUGAAUUUCGUAAUUGUGCUCUGUUAUCUCUAUUUUUUCCACGCAGUAUUCUUCAGUAGCAACGUAUGCGCAAUAAUAAUAUCUAAAUCUCUAAUCUACUCAGAACAGAAUUAUAGAAUCUAAUUUUUGUAUCACAAAGUUUUUUUUAUCCAAGUAGCUUAACCAAGGAUGUAAUGCUGCAUAUAAGUU